AUAAACACUAGAGCUGCUUUCACAAGCUUUUGAUGAAAUAGCAUUUUGCGACAGCUAUAGUUAAUUCUAAUAGUUUCAAUUCCAAUAGGGAUUUUCCUGAUUUGUUUACUUGUUUGUUAGUAUUACUGGGUCAGCUGAAUCAACUGUGGUAUUGUUAAUCCAAUAUUGCAAACUCCCUAGAGAAGUUCAAGCCUACGCUAAUAAAAACAGUGUGAAUUGGUGUCUAAGGAAAAAAAGGCAAGCAGUUGUUUUUGAGUUUGGGAAAGGUCUUUGGAUACUUAAAAGUAGUUUUUAAUCGCUCAGGAGCCAUUUGAGGACAAAGGGAAAUAUCAGAGAUUUGAUGACGGAUGAUAGCGCUCUGCCAAGCCUGAAGGCAACCUGAAGACGCACACACACGCAUGUGAAGAAAGCUCUGACUCUGUCCGCAGCGCACUGAUAAAGGACAGGACCCGUACGAGCAUCCGACCCAGCACAGAGUCACAAAGCCGACAGAACUGCAGCGAGAUUCGCGUGUGCUCUCCGGCUCCAGCUGUGAUUCGGAUCCUCCUUCUGCGUCUGAACAAGGCAAGAACAAGGAUAGGUGUUUGGGGGACUGACUGGAGAGGCGAAACAGCCGACACUUGUUGCUCGUCUCGUCAGGUAAACCUCCUGUUGGCUGCCAGCAGUGCUGAAUGCAGAGUCUGGUGCGCACAUGGCACUGAAAACGCGCCCCUCACACUCCUGACAGUCGCGCUAAACGGAGCCACAGACUGGAUAAUGAGGCCUACCUGCUGAAUGGGUGCUUAACCUAGUUCACAUCAAACUUUGACUCUUUAAGUUUUGGGGGGUUUUUUUUCAGAUUUUUUGUCCUUUGGAGGAAGGGGUGCUUCUAGUUAGUUGAAACCCUCCCCACAAAAAACAAAAAACGCAGAGCCAUGCUGGGUUUAAACAGGAUUCUGAGCCUCCGGACAGCCCGGAUUCGGAGCUGUGGUUUGCCAGCCAGUCCCUCAUCUCGGUCUCCUUCAUGCCAAAGCGCCGGUGCCAGUUCGAGGAUUUACUGUGCGUGUCUGUUGCUGCUGCUGCUGCUGACGCCUCGGGCAGACUCUUCAUGGUGGUACAUCGGCGCACUAGGGGCCCGUGUGAUCUGCAACAACAUCCCAGGCCUGGUGAACAAGCAGCGGCAACUGUGCCAGCGCCAUCCAGACAUCAUGCAGGCCAUCGGUGAGGGCACCAAGGAGUGGAUCAGAGAGUGCCAGCACCAAUUCAGACACCACCGCUGGAACUGCAGCACACUGGAUCGUGACCACACGGUGUUUGGACGUGUCUUGCUUCGGAGCAGCCGUGAAGCAGCAUUCGUUUAUGCCAUCUCCUCAGCAGGAGUGGUGUAUGCGCUCACUCGGGCCUGUAGCCAGGGGGAGCUGAAGAUGUGUAACUGCGACCCGCACAAGCGUGGACGGGCCAGCGAUGACAGAGGAGAGUUUGACUGGGGUGGCUGUAGUGACAAUAUCAACUAUGGGAUAAAGUUUGCCAAAUCCUUCAUAGAUGCCAAAGAGAGGACUGUCCGUGAUGCACGGGCGCUCAUGAACCUACACAAUAACCGCUGUGGCAGAACAGCUGUGAAGCGAUUCAUGAAGCUGGAAUGUAAAUGCCAUGGCGUGAGUGGUUCUUGCACACUGCGGACAUGUUGGAUGGCCAUGUCAGACUUCAGGAAGACUGGUGACUACCUGAGAAGGAAAUACAAUGGAGCCAUCGAGGUGACGAUGAAUCAGGAUGGGACAGGCUUUGCUGUCGCUAAUAAAGCCUUCAGGAAGGCCACCAAGAAUGACCUGGUGUACUUUGAGAACUCUCCAGAUUACUGCCUCCAAGACAAAUCAGCAGGCUCCCUGGGCACAGCUGGGCGGGUCUGCAAUAAGACUUCACGUGGCACAGAUGGCUGUGAGGUCAUGUGCUGUGGGCGGGGCUACGACACCACAAGAGUCAAGCAAAUCACCAAGUGUGAGUGCAAGUUCAAAUGGUGCUGCGCCGUGGAGUGUAAAGACUGUGAGGAAGCUGUGGACAUACACACAUGCAAAGCCCCCAAACGAGCUGAAUGGUUGGACCAGACCUGAGGACACAGUCCAUCCACUCCUUGUGAUGCAAACCCCACCCCUUUCCCCUUUCCAGGACAUCCUGUGGAACAUGGCAUUCUGGGAAAGUUUGUCUGAAAGUGCUCUGCGCCUCCGCCCUCCCCUACCCCCACUUCGGUUCAUCAUUGCAUGGCUUUUCUACCUGUCUCUGUGAAAGCACUAGAAUUCAGUACCCAUCAAUAUGAAUUAAUACCCAAUAAACCCUGCUUGCGCUUGGCCCUGAGACUGAGCUGCUGGGAUCAGAUGAUCAACGGUGAUACAAAAACACUUUGUGGUCCGAGUUGAUUGGGCUUUUAUCAAAGAAUCGGUCCAGACAGCCUUUUUGCUAGCAUGUGGUUCUGGGAUAAGAACGAUUUGCUGCUUUCAUGAUGCUUUAAAGACACAUUUUUACAUUAACUGAGCCUUCAAACAUAUCCAGUAUUAUUACAACAACAUCAUAUACUCACAUAAUUUUCUUUCUUUGUUUUCGGGGAAAUACACUUUUAUCUACCAAAAACAAAUACUUGGUUGGACUUUGGGAAGUAGCUUGACAAGUGCACUUUGAGAAGUGGACAUCUAAGCGCAAGUUUGGCUCAGUGUGGCCAAACAGAAGUCCAGGCAGAGGACUAAAAGGGAGGACAGGGAGAUGGACACAAGAUGAAUAAUUGGAUGGCUGCAUCAAUUGAACUUUGAAUGCAACUGUUAAAAAAAAAAGAAAAAGAAAAAAGCUGUUUAAAGUGAUUUAUUUAAAUUUUAAGUGUUGUUUCAUUUCUCAUCUGCGGAUGGGACUGCACUACAUUGGCUGACGCAAGGAGAGAGAAGAGCACUCCCAUUAUUAUGAUUAUACAGUGUACUCUAGUUUUCAGCAUGUAAGACGACAAACUGCCGCUGACAAGAGGAUGAAGAAGAAGAAGGAGGAGGCCUGGAUGGUCAUACAGUCACACAUAACCACAACAUCGGACAGAUUUCACCUCUCUGCUCUCCAGCUUGCUUGUAUAACAUUGUGUAUAUUGCCUUAUCUAAACAGAUGUUCAUAUGAAAUAUAUGGUGCAUUAGUAUGACACCGGAAUCUUUGUUUUUUGUUCAGACAGACAUACUUAAAGGUUUAAGGCAAGAAAGAGAUAGUGUUGACAGAGCAGAACCAAUCACUGUGAACAAAUAAAGGCCCUUUCAGACACAACAUGAUAUUGGCACCACAGCGCUAUGAAAACUGUUAUUUCCAAUGGCUUGCACUGCGUCAUGAUGGCUUUUUGCUGCAUUGAGCACUGUGUUGAAUACCUAUGAGGCCAACAGUACCUAGGCAGUAAGCUGCGGCAAGACGGCAAAAUGGUGGAAAGGCUAUUAUUGUGUGUGUCUGUAUCCCCUGAAUUGUACAAUUCAAGUUUUUGCUCAUAUGAAAACAAGACCUCACGAGGAAAUCCCUAUAAAUGUUGUCAACCAAGUAGGUAUGUCAGGUGUGUUUAAACAGGUAGAUUGUAUGUGGGCAAUAUGUGCAGCCUACAUGAUAAACAUAUGACAGGACUCGUGCUAGCAUAUGUUUCUUCACAUAGGAUAGAUGCAUCUUUGUUGCUUGCAACAAGAAAAUAACAUAUUGCGACUAGAAGUUUUGAGAACUCUGCAACUUUCCCGAACAGCUACUUAGAUGGGUGCUGAACAGAGUCUAAAAGUGCCUUAAGUUCUGUUUUAUUGUUGUCAUAACCUGCCAUGUUACUCCCAUCACUCAUAUACAUACAUAUAAAUACUUAUAUUUAUAUGGAUACACAGUUGCAUCACCAGCAUGAGCUGACAGACACGAGGGCAGUAAUAAUACAAUCUAUGUUAGUAACAAAGGCUGAUUCAGUGUAAGUUGAGGUGGAGUGUGUUAUAUCAGUCAAGGGGAGGGAAGUGUUUGAUUAAAGGCCCAACCUAAACCCCAACCCCUGUUGGCUUCAUCCCACCCCUUGCUAUGUGGAAUUCCAGGUGGGUCCCAGACUAAUGACUAGAUGGCUGUAAUUACCCGAGGCUGUUGAUAGCUGGUGAUUGGACAUGGUCGUGCCACAGAGGACCUAGUGUGGGCUCCUGCUGGGACCACAUUUAAUCAAAGGCUUCUUGGCCGGCUUAUCAAAGGGAAUACUUUCCAGCAAUCUUCUCUGCCUCAGCCCCCCUCCUUCUCUCCAGAGUCUCAGUCCAGUUCAGUCUCUGUUACAUUAGAACCCAGAGACUCCAGAUAAUCUGAAUUCAAAAGAAUAUUGCACGCAAUCACAAACUUGAGACAAAAGCAUUGCAUAAGGGCAAGCUGCAAGGGUGCCUUUUUAGAAAAGUUCGAAUGAUACAGGGUUAAUGUAUUGCCUCUUUUCUCAGCAAACCUGCACUGUGUUGAUGCCUGACAUUUAUUUUUUUCCAACCCUGCGUGCUGUGUUGGUCAAUAAGCUCUGAUGAUAAGAUCAUCUCUCCUUGCUCAGUCUUAGAACAGGAUGCAGCCAUGUUCAGGUCUGAUUGGACAGACCAAGUCCAUGACACAGGAAAUACAAGGCAUCUGCCCUGGAGAUACCUUAAAGCAGUAAGCAACUCAGAUACAGCAGCUGAGAUGAAAAUACAAAGUGGCUCUCCGUAGUCUUUUCAGUCAGUACAAUCUCUUUAAUAUCAUACUUCUUUACAAUAAAAGUUUUUAAGUAUUAAGCCACUCAUGGUUCACCUUUCAGUCUACCCAAUCUCAUCUUCCAAAAAAAGAGUCCACAACAUCCUAAAAGUGGUCUUUUAAUAGCCAUGGGAGGCUCACAUCGUUAGAUAAGAUAAGCUUUAUUGUCCCACAGGGUAAUAUUAUGAAGCAAUUCCAGUCAUGGAGACUAUUCUAGUACCAGCUUCCUAUGACCGAUCUAUCUGUGUCCUGGAUGCCAGGCUGAGAGCAUUCUUGCUGAAGAGUAUCACAGGCAACCCAUUAGUCUUCACAGCUCACAGGCAGCGCUGUUGGAGAAGGAGACUGUACUGACUCAGGGAACGGAAACGGCAUCAAACAACAAAGAACGUCUAAAGCAUGAUUCCAGUUUAUCACCACUCAGAUACCUUUUUGUAAGGUUGUCUAUCAGUUAUAUUGCCGAUGACAGCAUUGUAUUCAUCAAGUUAAUGACUGAGAUGUGGGAAUGGGAGUGGCAACAUUAUCUGGCAGGGCAAGAAACACAAGCAAUCAGACAAUCAUGCAAGUUUUAAACAGACUGCUGGGUGAGCUCAAGUUAUUUGGAAAAGAAAACAUUGACAAACAGUAAAAGUAUUGGUCUGUAAACAUUACUGACUGACUUUGUGGUCCAUCUUUAACCUGCAGUACUUGUGGUAGUUGUGCAUGUGCACAGUUUUUGUGUGCAAUGAGGGAUUAUUAUGUACUUACAGACAUUACAGGUGUGUUAACCUAUUUUUUUCUCCAAAUAAAGUGGUUUAGAUAAUCUGUUGGCUUGUUCACAACCUCUCUAAAAGUCUUCUGUUCUCCAUUCUAGCAAUAUCACCAUGCUUUUUUGAU